CGACGACGAGAUUACGGAUGUGGCGCCAUUUCGCUUCAUUCAUUAGUAUCGAGGCCUUCCUCUGUGUACAGAGUAUCCAGAAUUCACCAUGGUGAAAAUUUUUAUUGGCAACCUUGCCAAUGAUACGACCAUUAAAGAACUGCGUGCACUCUUUGAGAAGUACGGCACAGUCAAUGAUUGUGACAUCCUCAAGAACUUUGGUUUUGUGCACAUGAGCAGCAUGGCCGACGCAGAAGAGGCCAUCAAAAACCUCCACCAGACGGAGCUGAACGGCUGGGCCAUGAAUGUGGAGCUGAGCAAAGGCAAGCCCAGGGCCUCCGCUAAGCUCCAUGUCACAAACCUCUCUGAGGAGGUCACGACGGAACAACUUUGGGCUCAGUUUGAGGAAUUUGGCCCUGUGCUGGAGUGUGAUAUUGUGAAAACCUAUGCCUUUGUUCAUAUGGCGAGAAUGGAGGAUGCCUUGGAGGCCAUCAAUAAGCUGGACAACAAAGCUUUCCAAGGCAAGUUGAUGAAAGUUCAGAUGUCAACCAGUCGCCUUCGCACUGCCGCAGGAAUGGGAGACUAUAAAGGCUGCUAUGUCUGUGGGAAACAGGGCCAUUGGUGGAAAAGCUGUCCGAACGACGACAGUGAUGGCGCAAGAAGUGAAAGCAGUUGGUUCCCCCCACACCUUAUGGCCUCACCUCCAGCAGCUGAUUACAGGAGUAGCUCUGCGUAUAGCCAGGCUAGUUACUCUGGCAGGUUGCCGCCACCGCCGCCUCCUCCUCCUCCUCCCAGGUUUAGCAGUUACGGAUCAAACCAGGGGGGUUGGUACGCCAGCAGAGCAGCGGGCUCUUACGCAGACAGGUCAGAAGUUUACAGUCGCAACCACCUGUACAGCAGCGUUAACUAUUAUGAUAAGUAUAGAGCGCAUUAUGGCUCAAGCCAAAUGGAGAAGCGUUACUUGUCCUACAUUCCUCCUCCUCCACCGCCCACUUCUUCCCUCUCCAAGCUCACAUCCAGUACAAAUCCAUACGACCACCGGCCGUUGGCUCCAUCUUCGUCAGCUUCCAUGUACUAUACACGAGAGCCCAUCACACACGCUCCAAGCUCCUCAUCUUCAUCGGCUGCUGUGUACUAUACACGAGAGCCCAUCACACAAGCUCCAAGCUCCUCAACAUCCUAUAUCCUCGAGCGAAAACGUUUGUCACCACAACCUGCCUCCAGGAGCUCCUACCCUGCUUUACGACCUAAGGAUCCGUAUGCACAGCGUUAUGCACCUUACUAAAGCCAUGGUGCCAAGGUCUGUGGACUGCAGCUAUUUUCCACCAUGUUUUCCAGCUACACAAUGCCAUUGCUGUGUGCGUGCACGUGUGUGUGACGUGCACGUGCAAAUGUCCCAUUCGGAAAUUGUCAGCAACUUCCAGGCUCCAUCGCUCGGCAGAUUUUCAAUCAUCU